AAUAUUGAAGCGCCUAAGCUUCACUAAAAGUUGCUGCAUAUUGGAUAUUUUCACAGUAGAUUUGAAGGAAAGCCGGAGUGCUUUGCUGCCUCCAAGCUUCUGUUGGAUUUCACCUUGAUAGCUUAACUACUGAAUAAAAGCUUUGCCACCAAUUAUGAGAACUCAAGAUUGAAGACGAGCUAUAAAGCAGAACGGGGGCUUUUCAGAAAACCCCCAAAGAAGAAGCUGGUAUUCACCAACUUUUAAACUGGGAAGAGUGGCAAAGAGUGAGAGCAACAAAUCUAAAUGGGAAAAAAGAAACUAACAACUAUGAGAAAAAGAGUUUGAACCUUAGAUCAUUAUGUCUAUAUGAAAGGGGGAUUAAAAACAAUUGCAAACCUCCAUUGAAGGCAUUGCACACAUUGCAAUACAUUGGCUUGAAAGUAAUUGAGGAACACCCGAAUAAUGAGGAUUGAGCAGCAACUGAAGAGAAUCAAGAGAGGACUGAGAGACUGGACACUCAAAGUGUAGCUGAAUGAGACAAAGGGGGAGCAAACCUAGUCAGAAAUAGAUCUGUCUUUUCAACUAUUACGAAAAAACAAAACAAGGAAGGAGGGUCAGGCAAUCAAUGAUGUGACUUAAGUGGAGCUAAAACUAGACUUUUGUUAUCCUCUACCUAAACCUCCUAAUGAGGCAAAAUUCAAAAUGUUUAAAAAAGCAAAGGCAAAUAAGGAGGUUGAAAGGGUUCAAAACCGAAGGAGAAAAGAACCUAAACAGAAAGUUGAGAAAGAAACCAAACAAAAGGCAAAGAAAGAAAAAAGAACCAAGAAUGUCAAAAAAAGUAAGACUCGUUUCUUAAAAGAGGAAGUCAAACCUUUGCAGGACAUUUCCAUCAGUACCCCAGAUGCCCCAAGUGAUGAGGAACCAACACCGUCAGUCAACGAGACAGACCCUUCUGUAGAAAAUGACUCAGAUCAAGAACAAGAGAACGUUAAACCAAAGACGAAAAAAUGUUUUGAAGAACAAAGUCAAGUAUUACCCGAUGAAGCUAAGAACAAAGACAACAUAGCCACUCCGGAGCAGCAGGAUGAUGAAAAACUUGUCAAAGGUAGGGCGCAGAGGUUGCUUUUUGGUAAAACCAAACUGCCAUCACUCGGACAGGCAGUAGCUAAUCCUGAUGGAGGAACCUCAGAGAUUGACGCAAGCGAAGGAUUACGAUUGAUACACCCGAAAAAAAGAGCGUCCCCUUUUUUCAGGAUGAAUGACUGGAUUCAAAAGAAAAUGACACAAAAACCAAACUUCAGGAAGAGGAUUUCUUCUCUGACUAAAGCAGUUGGUAUAACCCACUGGCUUCGAACUAUUAAACAAAAACAGAGUAGCAGGAGAUCUGGAGGCCAUGUUGUCAGCCACAGGAUGACGAUGAGGGUUGCUUGUAAAACGAGUUUAGCUCGGAAACAAAAGCAAAGUUUAUUAGAUCAAAAAGACACAGCAAAUCCCCAGGAUGAGGAGGCAACAGAAGACACGUUAACGGACAGUAACAAAGAACUUGAUGCUAAAUACGCGGUUGUACUUCCUAGAGUGAAGAAACUAGCAAAGGCAAAGACAACCGAGGCACAACAGCCUGUUUCUUAUGCAUCAGAUUCACCAGCAGGAGACUCCACACCCAAGGCUAGACCUCCAAAACCAGGAGCUAAACUUGUACUUCCUUCCAAACCAGACCUGAGUCUCCUGAAGUCUGGAAGAAACCCAUUGCUGGAAAAGUUACGAUCAGAUGAAGAUGUAGACCAGAGUGUAAGGACAUUCCAUGACGACUCCACAAAAAACAGAGGUACCAGUGGAACCAGAUCAAAACACCAAGAUGGAGUCAGUGUGCUGCAAGCUGCAAGAGAAAACCUAAAACCCUCCCAGAUCAAAAUGCCGGUGGGAUUGCUAGGCACCGGGCUAGGAAGACCAAAGGGUGUACGUGUGGAAGCAGAGGUAGCAAAACAGACACAGAUAUCUCAAAGCUUUGCAAAUGAAGACACAAGCUUAGCAGUAUCAGGCGUUCCUGGAUUGUAUGAAGAAGAAGCAGACAGGGAAGUAGCCCUGUUGAUGGGUGGCAAUGGUUUGACUACCAUCACUCAACCAGAGUUUCAUUGGACGGGAAACUACCAGAUGACUGGAGACCCUCAGCUGCAGACCUGGCUUCGGGCAGAGAAUUUGCUUCCCCAUCAGACAGUAGAAAAGCUAACAAGAUGGACGGUCUACGAUGACAGCCACGCCAUCACUCACAGUACCAGGGGACCCUGGGAAUCAAAGGAUCCAACUCAAAAGAUGCUUGAGACUCGGCUAAAUAGCACACAAGUUGUAAUGCCUGGGAAUGAAGGGCCAGUAGAGCUGGAUGAGGUGGAGGAUCUUUCACGCCUGGAAGACGUGUCUGAGAGCUCUGUCCUAUUGAAUCUGAAGAAGAGGUUUGACCGUGGGUGUAUUUAUACCUACAUUGGAAACAUCCUACUGUCCAUCAACCCAUUCAAGUCUCUUGACAUCUUCUCUGAGGAAAUGAGGCAUAAAUAUGAGGGGCAGGAGCUGCAUAAAAACCCACCCCAUGUGUACGCCAUAGCUGACUCAGCCUUCCGACUGUCCCAGUCCUCUGCACAGGAGCAGUGCAUCAUUGUAAGCGGACAAAGUGGUUCUGGGAAGACUGAAGCUACCAAGCAAAUAGUUCACUACCUCAGCUUGAUGUAUCGAAACAGAAACGAGAGUCUAAGACAGCCUAUGGAAGUCUUUCCCAUCCUUGAAAGUUUCGGGAAUGCCAAGACUAUUCUGAACAACAACUCAAGUCGCUUUGGCAAGUACCUUCACAUCCACAUACUAAGUGGAGCUGUUGUAGGAACCUCACUGUCCAAAUAUCUCCUGGAGAAGUCCAGGGUUGUCUUUCAGGCCAGUAAGGAGAGGAACUACCAUGUGUUCUAUGAACUGCUGGAAGGUUUGAAUGACUGGGACAAAGAGAAGCUCUUCCUGCAGGGAGCUGAGACCUAUUACUACUUAAAUCAAGGGGGUGCCUGCAUUUUGAACGGGAAGCAAGAAAAACAGGACUUUCACAUUUUGCUUCACUGUUUGGAGACUAUUGGCCUGCAUUCAGAUCAAAUCUCCCACAUAUGGGCCAUCCUCUCCUCCAUCCUGCAGCUCGGUAACAUCUCUUUCAGCUCCUAUGAGAGUGAGUCAUUUGAAGUGGCUCGUAUCUUCAGUGAGGCGGAGGCCAGAAGGGUUGGUUCCUUGUUGCAGAUUUCCCCUGAGGCCCUUCAAACUGUAAUUACCCACAAAGUCACAGAGACCACCUUUGAUCGGAUCUACUGCCCCCUGUCUGUGGAAAAUGCCAUAGAAUCAAGAAAUGCGAUUGCCAAAGCUUUGUACACAGUGCUGUUCGACUGGUUGUUGGAGCAAAUUAAUGACUGGCUGAGUCCGGCAGAGAUGGACAGCACUGUUGGUGUCCUGGAUAUUUACGGCUUCGAGGACCUGGAAGUGAACAGCUUCGAGCAGCUGUGUAUUAACUUUGCCAACGAGCAGCUGCAGCAUUUUCUCAACAAAACACUGAUUUCCCAGGAGCAGGAGGAGUACGACGCCGAGCAGAUCCUUUGGCAUCCAGUGCAGCUAAAGAACUUUCACUCCUGUCUGGAUCUGAUCUCCUCCAGACCAAACGGCAUCCUCCGCAUUUUAGACGAUCAGACAUGCCUCCCACAGGCGACUGACCACACCUUCCUUCAGAAAUGCCACUACCACCAUGCCAGCAACCCCUUCUACUCCAAGCCCAAGAGCCCGAUGCCCGUCUUCACGAUUUAUCACUACGCUGGGGCUGUCACAUAUGAGGUUCAUAAUUUCCUCAAUAAGAAUCAAGACCAGUUCAGGACAGAAAUCGUGGAACUUUUUGCUAGAAGCAGGACAAAGAUGAUUUCUGGGCUGUUCCAGAAGCUUCAGGACAGCUACGUCCAACAGAGGGAACUGGGUUUGAAAAGGAAACGUCUUCGUCAGCUGCCCCCGACCACAGCUUCACACUUCCUCCAGUCCCUGAGCGAACUCACCACCUGCAUGGAAAGGUGUAAAACAACCAUCAUCCGCUGCCUGAAGCCAAAUUAUGUCAAGCUUCCUGGGAUCUUUGAUGUUGAUUAUGUGUCUGUUCAGCUGAAGUACUCAGGCGUACUGGAAACAAUCCAAAUACGGAAAGAAGGUUUUCCGAUCAGGAUUCAGUACUCAUGCUUCGUUGAGAGAUAUGGGUUUCUACUGAACCAGCAGUACAGCCACCUGGCAGAGAUUGAGCUGACGGCGACUCUGCUGAACAUGGUGGAAGCUGAGGAGGGACAGUACCAGCUGGGACGCACCAAGGUGUUCCUAAAGGAGUGUCUGUACCAGAAGUUGGAGGAGAAAUGGAGCAGCACCCAGACAUGGGCAGCCGUCACCAUCCAGAGGAACAUCAGGGGCUUCCUCUGCAGAAGGAAUUUCAAGUUUUUCAAACAAAAAGCGAUAGUUCUUCAGAGUCACAUCCGUGGACAUCAGGCCAGAAAGUACUACAAGCGUCUGAGGCAGUCAUUUACCCAGUUUUGGGCUGUGAUGCUGAUAACAAGGAACACAAUCAAAAGACGCCAUUGGAGGAAGGAAAAUCACAAGAAGGACAAAGUUAAAGAAUCUAGAACGACCAAACUCAUCUCGUCAGGGAUGGACGUGGGGAUGUUAGAGAUCCCUGCUGAGCUGUCCGCCAGACUCCGCAGCGGAGCAGGGGGCCAGCUUGGGUCACGUAUUACAGAAGUUGCACCUCCGAAGGUGAAGGCACAACAUAGGCUCAGCCUUCCUCUGGACAUUGAUAGACACCCAUUCUCUCGCUUUGCCAAGUCUACAUUACAGGACACAUGGUCCCAGCCUCAGGGCUACCCACCCCAGAGACCCCUCAUGCCUCUGGAGUCCGAAUACACCAGACCGGCGUUGGAGAUCAACAAGCUGAUCUUACGGUUUUUAGCAGAAUCAGACAUGGGCGGCUGGCAGGAGCAGACCUUAGGCAACUACAUAGUGGAGCAGGGCCAGAAGCAUCCGGCUUUGAGAGAUGAGAUCCUGGUCCAGCUUGUUUACCACACGUCAGAAAAAGCUGAGGACCACAACAGCCUGAGGGGAUGGCUGCUGAUGGCCUGCUGCCUGAGCGCCUUCACACCGUCACCAACUCUGGACAAAACUCUGCUCAAGUAUGUAUCUGACCAGGGUCCAGGGGAGUACCGUUCACUAUGUCAGCACAAGCUGCUGACGUCUCUGCAGCUUCCAGCCCCCGCCGCACGCCUCCACCCCCCCACACAGCUGGAGUGGACGUCCAAUCAGAGGAAAGGAACGAUGCUUGUGGAAGUUAAGACUUUUAAUGAUGAAGAGUUGACAACUGAGGUGGAGUCAUGGACCACAGGAGAGCAGCUGGCUUCUUGGCUUCUUCGUUAUCGAGGGGUGAUGGAGGCUCUGCAAGGCUGGUCCGUGUCUAUCGCUACCGACGAAGGGUGGUCAGACCUGGCCGGCUCUGACUUUGUCAUGGACCUUCUGGCUGGGGCCGAGGCUGAAGCUGAAGCCCUUCAUGGACCAGGGACGCCCUCCUCUGCAAACUCUGACUACCUGUUUAGAAACCAAGGAGACAGGAUGCUGACCACUGAUAUGGACGACUUCAUCCCACCAGCACCUUUGACUCAAGCUCCCAGGUUGCCUGACGGAAACGCCUGGGGAAGAGAUCAUCCACCAGAAAGGCGCAGCAGGCGGAUGGACAACUAUGUUGAUGACCUGUUUGAGCCGGUUUAUGACCAAGCCCCUCCGGAAAUGGAUAGAGUAGCCAUGUUUAACCGCAGGAUGAGAGGAAAAGGAGGGAUUGGACCAAUGCAGCGUGGGAUGUAUGGAGGGGGUAUGCCCAUGACAGUGCCAACCUAUCCUAUGGUCAACCCUGCCAUGCCCGGUUAUGGAGCGCCCGCCAUGAUGCCAAAUAUGCCAGCCAUGAUGCCUCAGACUCCUGCUGUCAGUGACCCCAUGCAGAUGGCAGCAGCUCAGCAAGCUCUCAUCAACCAACAGGCCUUACUUAUGGCCCAGCAGAUGACGAUGCAGGCGAUGACGUUGUCUCAGAAGCAGACAGAGGAGCAGCAGAAGAAGGAGGAGCAGCAGAAGAAGGAGCAGCAGAGGAAGGAGCAGCAGAGGAAGAAAGAGGAAGAGGAGAGAGAAGAGAGAGAUCGGCGGUCCAGGCGGAGUUCAAGACGACGCUCCAGAGAACGCCAUCGUUCUCCAACUCCCUCCCCUCCACCUGAAAAGUCCAAAGCAUCUGGGAGUAAAAAAGCCCAGAAGCAGCCAGAAUCAGAGCCAGAGGAGGAAGAGGAGGAGGAGGAGCUGCCAGACCCAGAGGACCUUCAGUCUUUCAGAGAUAAGAGGGAAUUCUUUCAAAAGAUUGGCAGUAAACCCAAAAAGGAAAAAAGAACUCCCAAAAAACAACCAUCUCCUCCAGCAUCAGAGAGGGAAACUAAACAGAAACGUCGUCAACGUUCACCAGUUCCACCAUCCCCACCGCCACCAUCCCCACCCCCACCCUCUCCACCACCCCCUCCUGUACCACCGAAGCCUGAGGUACGGCGUCCUCGCAGCCCUCCAAAGAAGGAACCAAAGCCUCCUAAAGAACCUUCUCCACCUCCCAAUGAAGAACCAAAAGCCGAACCAACUUCCAGUAUAAGAGAUAUCAUUAAGCAAUUCAACAGUCGACCACCAGCAGAACCCCAGCCAUUCGAGCCCGUGAGGCCUGUAAAACAGAAAAGAUCAUUCCUUAAGAAGAGUGACCCAAAAGAGGAAGCUCUGGCUAAACUGAAAAACAGAGGCCCGCUGCCACAACAACAGAAAAAUGUUUCUUCUCCGCCACCACCGCCACCUCCUCCACCAAAGGCCCCCUCUCCUCCGUCCACCAGGGGUCGCAGGGUCAUUUCUCAGGAUAUGCAGCAGAAGCAGCGCCCCCUGGAGGAGCUUUUUGGCCCCCAGCGCUCCCAGAAUCCUCCCCCUCUUCCUCCGGACUCCCCACCACCUCCUCCAGAGGAAGCCCCCAUCUUCAUGAACAUCCCAGACCCUCCUCCCAUGCUUGCUCCUUCUCUCUAUGACAUGCUUGAUGAUGAGGGCUACAAAUCUCAGCUUCACCGCUUCUCCGCCGGGGUUUUCUUCACUCUCUUCAACAUGCCGGGAAAACUUUUCCUGCGAAAAGAAGUGUUUUAUCCAAAAGAACGUUUCAGCCAGCCUUACGUCCUGAACCUGUUGUGUGAACAAAUCAUGAGAGACACCUAUUCUGACAGCUGUGUGAGAAUCACUGGUGAAGAAAGACAGAAAAUGAAAGACCUGUUUGCAAAUUUCCAUGUGGGCACCAGCAUUAGCACCAUUCAGGAUGACAGCAUGAAGAAGAGAAUCGUCAUCGCUGCUCGGGAUAACUGGAAAAACUACUUCAGUCGACUCUUCCCGCUCACCCCACAAAACGGAGAUGCUGAGAUUCUGGGCGUUUCUCAUCGAGGGAUUCGUCUCUUAAAGGUGGUGAAAGCUUCAGGCAUCAACCCUAAACAUCUGAAACUGCUCCGGAGUUACAGUUUUGCAGAGGUGCUUUCUGUAGACCUUCAGGGCGCAGAUGAAGUAAAACUGGAGCUUAAAACUGAAGAUCUGGUCCUGCAGUCCACCAGAGCUCCUCAGAUCACUGCCAUGAUUGAAGUUUUCCUCAAGGAACUCAUAAAGGACUCAGGCCAUGUAGUUGCUCUAAAGAGUUAUGUGACGGAUGACAAGACUCUCCUGAGCUUCAAGAAGGGGGAUAUCAUUAAGCUGCAGCCCAUGGAUGUCAUUCAGCCUGGGUGGGAAUUUGGCACCACCGGUGGGCGUUCUGGGCUUUUCCCACAGGACUUCACCCAGCCAUGUGCGGCUCCUGAUUACCACAGUCUUCACCUCGACCGAAGAGACGACAGGAGAAAAAGCAUGAGGACAACCAAAACUGAAAGUGUGAAAGGCAAACCUCCAGUUCCCGCCAACAGAUACAUGCUCAGCAUUCCUCCUGUGAGGCGAAAUUUGGAUCCCCCAGCUAACAAUUCAGAGCAGAGAUCAAUCCAGAUGUCAGAAAAUGGUUCAGAGAGUCAUCGUCAGUCUCCCAUGAUUGAGUUUGCCAGCAAGUACUUCAGAGUUGGGACAGCAGGCAUCACUGGAAAACUCCUCUCCGAAUCAGUUCAACACACACUGGUUCCCAUCCCUGAAUCACUUAUUCUCUAUGAUGAUCCUGAAAUCAAUGGUCUGGCUGUUGAGUGCUUCCAGAACAUGAUGCAGUUUGUGGGCAGCAUUCCAUCACGCGCUUCCCAACCAGAUUUACUUCAUAAUAUCCUGCUGUUGGGGAAAGAAAAAGAAAUACUUAGAGAUGAAAUCUACUGCCAGGCCAUCAAGCAAUCAACCAACAACCCCGACGAAUCAAGCUGUAUCCUUGCCUGGCGACUGCUCAACCUCAUAACUGGUUUCUUUCCCUGCUCUGGUCUCCUGCAACCGUUUGUCAUUGAACACCUGCAAGAUAUCGCUCAGAGCAACGGCCACCCGUACCAAGAACAAGCAAGUGUUUGUGAGGAUAACCUGCAACGUUCUAUCGCCUUUAGUGGUCGACGCAACAUUCCUUCUCAAGUUGAGAUGCAGGCUGUUUUGAAUGGCAAAACUUCUCAACGUUUGUCCAUCCACUUACCAGGAGGGGUAGAGUUUCCUGUCAAGAUCCGCAGCUUCAGUGUGGCAGUAGACGUGAUGAAAGAGCUGUGUGAAAACAUGGAGAUUCUAGACUUUGCAGAAGUUAGGGAGUUUUCAGUCAUAGCAAGGAGGCUUCAAGAUGGGAUAAUGCGCCCCCUGCGUCCUGAGGAGUACUUGUUUGACUUCUUACUGGACGACGGCUCCAUCUUAUUCUUCUUUAGGAGGGUCCUCUGGGAAAGGCCUCUUUCCUUCAGGAAUGAGCUCUAUGUGGAGUUCCAUUAUCAGCAGGUGCUGGAAGAAUACCUCAGUGGUAAGACGGUGAUCCCUCCUAAUGCUGGAGCGACCGCAGCAGAACUUGCAGCCCUGCAGCAUGUGGCUCUGGGUCACAGCAACCAGCUCUCAGUACAAGAGCUAAAGCAAUACCUCCCAUCACAAGGCAUGCCCAACAUUAACCCUGAAGAAAUCCUGUCAAUCUUCCAUAAUGCGUUAGCCGCCAUGGUGUCUCUCAAUCAACCAGAUGCAAAAAUUCGAUUUAUUGAGACUCUGGGCGCUCUCCCUUUGUUUGGCUCCAAUGUUUUCCUGGCCAAGAAGGUUAGUCAGCGAGGCUGUCCUUCCCCCUGCUUUGUCAGCCUCAACAAGGAGGGAGUGCAUUUCAUUCAUCCUACAACUCAGGAGCGAGUUUUUCUGAUCGCUCUGGGAGAAGUUCAGUCCAUGCGCACCAUCCGUGCUAAGAGAACAGGGAAGCUUCCCUCCGUGGAGAUUCAGUACGGCCUCGCUGGACAGCAGAAGGUUCUGAUUCAUCUCAAGCAGGCUAAGGAAUUGUGCCACAUCCUUGCGAUGGCAGUGGAAGAGCAGAUGAUGCAACAAUGAGUCACCGGUUCCCGUUCAGAUCGCCUGUAGAUGCCACGCUCACAUUACUGCUGGUUUUUUCUUGAUCCCCUUUGGUCGUUUGUUUAAAUCACUUUAUAAUGUGUCUUAAACAGAAAAAUAAAUUAUUUGCUGAUCUUCUCGCUUCUAAUGAUCGAAUCAAAGAGAAAACUACAGACGUAACUCUUCAAAUUAUUGCUUCAUGAAUCGAAACCUGAUGUCGUUCAUUAUUUAAAGUCUUUAUCACACUGUCAGAAUGUUAUGACGGGUUAAUAAUGAUUGAAGUCGAUUCGGGUUCGCCUGUCAGUUACUGUAAGUAAAUAAUUUAUAAAAAUUAAAGAAACAUGAUAAUUAA